CUAUUAACAAUUCAAUACAACAUUGAUGUAAGCAGUUGAUUAAUUUAUUUCUUAUAAAGUAUAUUUUAAAAUAUAUCUUCGUACAAAUAUAUUUCUUAUAUAGCAACUUGAAUUAUGGUUCACGUCUCUAAAGGGACAUUAAUUACAUGUGAUCAGUCUAUGAAACAAUUUUUAUUACAACUAGAUCAAACCAAUGCACUCGGUAAAAAAUUUAUACUACAAGAAUUAGAUGAUGAACACCUAUUUGUUUCAUCUGAUGUAUUAGAAACCUUAGAGGAUCGUGUUGAUGAAUUGAUGGAUCAACUUACUUUUACACAGAAUUAAUUUUAAUAGUAGUUUGAUUUGGUUUAUGAUUAUUAUUUCAUUUUUUUCAUUACAAACAAUGGCUAAUAAAAUAAGUAUAGGAAGGGAAUCGGGGAGAUUAAAAGAUGCAGAUAAAAAAAAGGUACUUGAUGAAGCAGCAAGAAAUCGUAGAGCACGAAGAGCAUUAGAAAGUUUGGAAAUGGAUAACUUUCAACAAGAUCCACAUGCAGAUA